AUGAACAUGAAAGUCUGUCUAGCUUUGAUAUUGAUCAGCUGUUUUACUACUACCAUUUGUGUGGACUUGUAUCGCAUCUCCAUACAAAUUGUCCAGGUGUCAGAUGACAACGACGGCUGCCAGGACAACUCCAACAACGCUGCUAAUGCUAUACAAGCUAAGAAUGGCUCAGAAGUAAAUAACAUUGGGCAGAUCGUUCACGAGAUAAAUAUACCGCCGUCUAAAGACUCGAAGGAAUAA